CUCUCUCGCGAAAAAUAUACAGUCGGCUGGAUCGCAGCACUGUCACUUGAAUUAGCAGCCGCAAAGGCUAUGCUAGAUGAAAUCCAUGAAGAAUGCGGACAGAGUGUUCGGGCGGGUGACAGUAACACAUACACAAUGGGAAACAUUUUGGGACAUAAUUGUGUCAUUGCAUGUUUACCGGCUGGAAUUUACGGGACGACAUCUGCCACCAGAGUUGCAAGCGAUAUGCGCGCCAGCUUUCCAUCCAUAAAAUUCUGGCUGAUGGUCGGUAUUGCUGGCGGUGCGCCCACUCCACAAGCCGACAUUCGACUAGGUGAUGUCGUUGUCAGCGUUCCCUCUCCUAACGCUCCGGCGGUUGUACAAUAUGACUAUGGGAAAACAAUAGCAAAUGGUAAAUUAGAACUCACAGGAAGGCAGAACAACCCUCCAUCCAUCUUGUUGACUGCCGUUUCCAAGGUUCAAGCAAACCAUCGGCUUAACGUUAAUACAGGUAUAUCUAGGCUCAUUCGCGACAUGGUGAAAAAUCACCCAGGUGUAGAAGACAGAUAUUCUUAUCCAGGCCAAGAUCAAGAUAUCUUAUUUGAUGCAGAAUUUGAACACCCCGAUGGAAAUACGACUUGUGGAAAAUGCGACAAAAAUCGAGUCGUAAUGAGGCUCCCUCGAGAUGCUCUUUAUCCCUUCAUCCACUAUGGCACAAUCGCAUCUGGAAAUCAGGUGAUUAAACAUGCAAAGACACGGAAAAGAUUUUCCAAAGAACUGAAAGCCCUGUGCUUUGAAAUGGAAGCUUCCGGGCUCAUGAAUGAGUUUCCUUCCUUAGCAAUCCGGGGCAUUUGUGAUUAUUCAGACUCGCACAAAAACAAGCAGUGGCAGGACUACGCAGCCGCUGCUGCUGCUGCAUAUGCAAAAGAGCUUUUACUCGUCAUUCCGGCCCACGAAGCCGAGAUCUCACCCGCAAAACAAAAGGAACUCAAUGAGAAAAGAAAAUGUUGGUUAGACUGUCUGGGAUUCAAUCAAAUACAUGAGAGAAAACAAAUGAUCAAGCCUGCACAUACAAGAACAUGCCAGUGGCUUCUAGAGCACCCAGUGUACCAACACUGGCUCGAUUCGAGCAAAUAUACAGAGCAUCAAGGCUUCUUAUGGGUCAAAGGCAAGCCAGGGACCGGCAAAUCGACAAUCAUGAAGUAUGCCUUUGAAAAAUCACAGAAAUUCCCCAAAAAAAGCGGUUCCUUGACGAUUUCGUUCUUUUUCAACGCACGUGGGAGUAAACUCGAGAAAUCAACAAUUGGCAUGUACCGCUCAUUGCUGCUACAAAUUUUUCUAGCUGAACCCAGAGUGCAAGUCGUUCUCGAUACAGUAGAAACGGGUCACCGAGCGGAAGAUGAGGACUUUGACUGGAAUAUCGUUAUGCUUCAAGAGUUGUUAGUCGAAACUAUCAACCUUCUACAAGACAAGACCCUAAUUGUUUUCAUCGAUGCUCUCGACGAGGGUAUCGAAGAUGAGAUACGAGAAAUGUUUGAUUUUCUGGCUGAACUGGGAGAAACGACCGAGCCAUUAGGCUCUAGAGCCCUAUAUAUAUGUUUUGCUAGUCGACACUAUCCCCAUAUUACCUUCGGCAAGGGCUUGGAGCUUGUCCUCGAAGAUCAAGAAGGCCACUCUCAAGACUUAAGUAAAUAUCUAGACAGCAAACUUUCCUGGAUUAAGCACCAAACAGUGGACAGUGUCAAACAAGAGAUUUUAGAAAAAUCAUCCAACAUUUUUUUGUGGGUUGCGCUUGUUGUGGACAUUUUGAGGAAGGCGUUUGAUCGAGGUCAUAUGGGAGCCUUGCGCCAGCGGCUCAAAGAUAUCCCACCCGGGUUAUCCAACCUUUUCAAGGAUAUAUUGACUAGGGAUCGGGAUAAUCUCGAAGACCUCUUCGUAUGCCUCCAAUGGAUAUUAUUCGCGAAAAGGCAGCUUAAGCCCCUUGAGCUGUACUUUGCCAUUCUAUCACAAACCGAAGAUAUGAUAAAAUCAGCUGUCGAAACGCCUGAGGAUCCUGCUCUCGUUAAACGGUUUAUUCUCACGUCAUCGAAGGGAUUUGCAGAGAUAACAAAGUCCCGAAACAACCCAACUGUCCAAUUUAUCCAUGAAUCUGUGAAAGACUUUCUCAUGAAAGAAGGUGGUCUUCAUCAUCUUCUGGCUGAAUUUCAAUUAAACUCGUUACGUGUCGGUCAUGAUCUUCUCAAAUACUGCUGCUACAACUACAUCAAGAUGGGUAUCGGCCAAGGCUUUGUGCUCGGAGGUGGUGAGCUCCCCCCCCCGAAGACGGAAGAAGGGAAAGCGUUGAGAUCUGAGAUGUUGAUCAACAUACCCUUUAUUGAAUACGCAGCCGGGUUUGUCCUCCACCAUUCUGACGAAGCUGAGGCGGAAGGCGUAGCACAAGAUACUUUCCUCAGUGAUUUCCCCCGAAAACACUGGAUCUUUGCGCAUAAUAUUCUUGAAAAACAUGGGAUUCGCCAAUACACUUUCCAUGCAAGUUUUUUGUACAUAUUUUCAGAUAACGAUCUACCAAGCCUAAUCAAAAUCAAACUACACGAGGGAGAACCUAUGAAUGGAACCAGCUUGGUUAAUAUGGAGGAGCGAUACGGAUCCCCUAUCCUUGCGGCUAUUUUAAAGGGCAACAUCCGGGCUUGCAAGGCAUUUUCUCUCUCGGGCGGCCAUCCUAGACUCGAUGACGAUUGGAAAUGGUUGAUGAAGUCCCAGUUCAAAAAGAACCAGACUUUUUUAUCAUAUUUGGCAGAAAAUGGCCAUCUGUCAGCUGUUGACGUUCUGUUAUUCACUGGCAGGCUGCAGCCGAAUGCCAUAGAUGACGACGGAUACUCUCUUUUACAUUACGCGAUCAAACACAAGCGUCAAGAUAUGACUAGUAUGGCACUUGACGCAGGGGCGGAUCCCGACCUUGAGACCCUGACCGGAAGGAGGCCAUUGACGUUUGCUGCUGAGAAUAAUGAUUUGGAAAUAUCAAAGUUAUUGAUUGAAAGGGGAGCGGAAAUCAACUUUGCCCAGGUCAAUGGCAGCUCUUCCCCCUCAACAAUUAUUGGUUUUCCAAUUUCAUGUGCAUUUCAGGCAGGUCAUAUAGACAUGGUCCGGUUUUUAAUCGAUAACGGGGCUGACGUGAAUGCCAGUCUGUAUGAAGACUGGAGACGACACCCGGCACACUUCGAAAUAUGGAAUGGCGCGCUCAAUAGAGACAAGAAUUUGGACAAGAAUUUGGAAAUUCUCCGCGCCAUCAUUAAAAAUGGGGCAGAUAUCAAUGCAUCUAAUAGUUCUGGCCAGACACAUUUGAUGAUGGCAGCACGCUAUGGUAAUUUAGAACUUAUUCGAUUUCUCCUUUUCGAAGGUGCUUGUGUCAAUGCUGUCGACAAUGGGGGGGAGACGGCACUAUUAAGUGCAAUGCGCAACAAAAACAUUACUUACAUCUCUAGAGCAAGAAUGGUGAAAAUACUACUUUCAUAUGGUGCUGACGUGAACGCAGCCACCACUGAGGGAUGGACUGCACUAUCACUCGCAGUUUGCAAAAAUAACCUUAGUGACAUCUCCAGAGCAAAAAUGGUGCAAAUACUACUUUCACAUGGUGCUGAUGUGAACGCAGCCACCACUGAGGGAUGGACAACACUAUCGCUUGCAAUUUGCGAAAAUAACCCUACUGACAUCUCCAGAGCAAGAAUGGUGCAAAUACUACUUUCACAUGGUGCUGAUGUGAACGCAGCCACCAAUGAAGGAGUGACUCCGUUACAUUUCGCAGCAGGGUGUGGAGACCCUACUACAAUGCAGAUAUUACUUCAGCAAAAAGACAUAGAUAUAGAAAAACGUGAUAUAACUGGAAAUACAGCAUUGCUGGCUGCACAUGUUUUGGAUAAGAGAUUGGCGAGUUCGAUACGCCUCCUUAUCCAAUAUGGAGCCAAUAUCCUGGCCAGGGAUUCUGAGGGG